CCAGAAAAAAAUGGUUAAGCUGGGGGGCGCGUGGCACAAAACAUUAACUUUCAACGCGCCUCGCUGGGUAGCAUGCUCCUUCUCGACGCGCGUGGGCACUCACAACGGAACCUUCCACUGCGACGAGGCCCUGGCGUGCUUCUUGCUUCGCCUUUCCAAACACUUCUCCAACGCUCAUAUCGUAAGAACGAGGGACCCGAAGCUUCUAGAAUCUCUCGACGCAGUAGUCGACGUGGGAGGCGUGUACGACCCGCUACGACACCGUUUCGAUCAUCACCAGAAGGACUUCUACCAAGUCUUCGGUUUCGGCUUCCACACUAAGCUCAGUAGCGCUGGUCUUGUCUACAAGCAUUUUGGGUUGGAGAUAAUUGCCAAUGUGUUGGGGCUUGGCGAAGAGCAUUCUCAUGUUCAUCAGUUAUAUUCAGUUAUAUACAGAAACUUUAUCGAGGCAAUUGAUGCUACGGAUAAUGGAGUGAAUCAAUAUGAUCUAAAUGAACCUCCCAAAUAUGUAAUUAACACGAGUUUGUCUUCUAGAAUAAAACGGUUGAAUUUGGACUGGGUCGAUUCUGACCACUCAUCUGACAGAGAAAAUGCUGCGUUUCAUCAAGCAAUGGCCCUCGCUGGUGCUGAAUUUUUGGAGAAUGUGAAUUAUUAUGCUAAAUCAUGGUUACCAGCGCGAUCGAUUGUUAUGGAGUGUCUUGCAGCAAGGGAAACUGUUGAUUCUAGUGGAGAAAUUAUAAAGCUAAGCCGAUCUUGUCCUUGGAAACUUCACAUACAUGAGCUUGAGGAGGAAAUGAGAAUCAGUCCUUCUGUCAAAUAUGUUCUUUACCCGGAUGAUAGGAGUGAGAAUUGGCGACUGCAGGCAGUGGCAAUUUCUCCUGCUAGAUUUGAGAGCAGAAAACCGUUACCCUGUAUUUGGAGGGGUUUGGAAAAUGACAAGCUCUCGGAGGUUGCUGGAAUCCCAGGUUGUACUUUUGUGCACAUGAGUGGUUUUAUUGGAGGAAAUCGAACUUAUGAUGGUGCUCUAGCUAUGGCAAGAGUAUCUUUAAAGGCUUAGGCAUUGGUAGAUUUAACCAAAUACCUUUUC